UCAAGACAGAAUAGUACAGUGGAAGAAGAUUCUGAAGGUGAUAAUGAUUCUGAAGAAUUUUAUUAUGGAGGACAGGUGAACUAUGACGGGGAACUGCACAAACAUCCACAGCUGGAAGCUGAUUUGUCGGCAGUGAGAGAGAUAUAUGGGCCACAUGCAGUUUCUCUCAGGGAAUAUGGAGCCAUUGAUGAUGUAGAUAUUGAUCUACAUAUUGAUGUUAGUUUUCUUGAUGAGGAGAUUGCUGUGGCUUGGGAAGUAAUUCGAACAGAACCUAUAAUUGUUCGACUGCACUGUUCACUUACACAGUAUUUAAAUGGCCCAGUGCCCACUGUUGAUGUCUUUCAGAUUUCCACAAAAGAACGAUUUGGAUUGGGACAUCAGCUAAAAAAAAUCAUGCAGACAUUUGUUACACAACAGUGGAAACAGAGCAAAGAAAAAUCCAAUUGCCUGCACAAUAAAAAGUUGUCAGAGAAGAAAGUGAAGUCUCCCCUGCAUUUAUUUUCUACUUUGCGCAGGUCGCCAAGUUAUCCUCCCCCUGGUUGUGGUAAAAGCAAAUCCAAACUGAAAUCCGAGCAAGAUGGAAUCUCUAAAACACAUAAGCUGUUACGGAGGACUUGUUCCAGCACAGUCAAGACUGAUGACAUGUGCGCCACAAAGUCACACAGGACCUUUGGUCGCUCCCUGUCCAGCGAUCCCAGGGCUGAGCAGGCGAUGACAACAAUUAAAUCACACAAACUCUUGAACCGUUCCUGCCCUGCAGCCGUUAAGCAAGAGGACUGCCUCACUCUAAAGUCGCAUAAACUAUUGACUCGAUCUUGUUCUGGAGAUCCACGAUGUGAGCACAACACCAACCUAAAGCCCCACAAACUGUUAAGCAGGUCUUACUCCAGUAAUCUCAGAAUGGAAGAAUUAUAUGGACUGAAAAAUCACAAAUUGCUUAGCAAGUCCUACUCCAGUGCCCCCAAGUCAUCCAAAACUGAGCUUUUCAAGGAACCUAACGCGGAGAGCAGGAGGCUCUCUCUUACCUCAGGGCUUAUUGGUAUCUUAACACCAUCUUCAUCUUCAUCUUCCCAGACUGCUCCAAAUGGUGCAAAAUGCAUUCCAAUACGAGACCGUGGCUUCCUAGUGCAGACAAUUGAGUUUGCUGAACAGCGGAUCCCUGUAUUGAAUGAAUACUGUGUGGUUUGUGACGAGCCACACGUGUUUCAAAAUGGCCCUAUGCUUAGGGUCGUAGAUCUGCUAGUAUCCAUGUGUAGGUCUGCGUUGGAAUCUCCUAGAAAAGUUGUCAUUUUCGAGCCAUAUCCUUCUGUGGUAGAUCCUAAUGAUCCUCAGAUGUUGGCCUUCAACCCCAGGAAAAAGAACUAUGAUCGAGUAAUGAAAGCACUGGAUAGCAUAACUUCUAUCAGAGAAAUGACCCAAGCACCAUAUCUGGAAAUCAAGAAGCAGAUGGAUAAACAGGACCCCCUUGCUCAUCCCCUACUGCAAUGGGAACUGGACUCUUCCCGUUCACAUAUUUAUUUUAAACUAAUGGUCAGCUGGCAAUUGAAGUUUAUGCAUACUCCACAUCAGUUCCUUCUUCUCAGCAGUCCACCAGCCAAAGAAUCCAAUUUUAGAGCUGCUAAAAAACUCUUUGGAAGCACCUUCGCAUUUCAUGGCUCUCACAUUGAAAACUGGCACUCUAUCCUGAGGAAUGGGCUGGUUGUUGCUUCUAAUACACGAUUGCAGCUCCACGGUGCGAUGUAUGGAAGUGGAAUCUAUCUUAGUCCAAUGUCAAGCAUAUCAUUUGGCUACUCAGGGAUGAACAAGAAGCAGAAGGUGUCAGCCAAGGACGAGCCAGCUUCAAGCAGUAAAAGCAGCAAUUCAUCACAGUCACAGAAAAAAGGACAGCAAUCCCAAUUUCUGCAAAGCCGUAAUUUAAAAUGCAUAGCCUUAUGUGAAGUGAUCACCUCACCUGACCUGCACAAACAUGGAGAGAUAUGGGUUGUCCCAAAUACCGAUCAUGUCUGCACACGAUUCUUUUUUGUCUAUGAAGAUGGCCAAGUGGGAGAUGCAAAUAUUAAUACACAAGAAGGAGGCAUUCACAAAGAGAUCCUCCGAGUAAUUGGUAAUCAAACUGCUACUGGUUAAAGGACCACCAUUUAAUUAACGUGAUUUGAAAGCCUUCCUCGGGUUCAAAGCUGGAUUUUGAACUGAAGAAGAUGAUAAAAUAACUUAUUGUUAUUAUCAACAAAUUUAACCCUUUGAAUACUGAUUUUUUUU